CAUUGGAGGAAGCCUCAUUCCAUUUUUAAAAUUACUUUUACCCUCUUUCCAAAUUUGCUCUGAGAUUCCUUCUUUAGACAACAUUUCUUAGCCCUUAAAGACAUUUCCUAAUCCUCCUCUUUCCCCUCUUUGCUUUCUUUAAGACUGUUUAAUUCAAACCAUUCUUUGUGGCUCUUUUUUGGGAAAAUCAUUACAAGAAGAACUGAUGGUGCUCUGGGGACAUGACACACCUCUCUAGCCUUAGUGGUUCUUCUCUGAGUCAAAUGAUUUCCCCGAUGAGCCCAGAUGCUUUCUCCUGCAGUUGAACUUCACCCCUUGGCCGAGAAUUGCAUACAGCUCAUGGCCCUCCCCUUCCCACACCCACUUCUCCUAGGUUCCCUUACCCAAAAAUUUCAUCACUUCCCAGAACAGCCAGAACAUUCUUGGAUGUUUCUGCCAGUUAGUGUUUAACCAAAUAACAGUCUCUAAGGGGUAGGUUGGACUAACAGAAGGAUUGAAGCCUGAGACUUAAAAAGACAACUUCUGCAGGGUGAGUCCCUGAGUCCUGGAGGAGAGGGAGAAAGAGAGAGCCAGAGUGGACACAGGAGCAAAACACAAUGGAAUCGACCUUCACCUCCAAGGACACUUAUCUGAGACAUUUUAACCCUCGGGAUUACCUAGAAAAAUAUUACAACUUUGGGUCAAGACACUCUGCAGAAAAUGAGAUUCUUAGGCAUCUUCUGAAAAAUCUUUUCAAGAUAUUCUGCCUCGAUGGUGUGAAGGGGGACCUCCUGAUCGACAUUGGCUCUGGCCCUACCAUCUACCAGCUCCUCUCUGCUUGUGAAUCCUUCAAGGAGAUCAUUGUCACUGACUACACUGAGCAGAACCUGCAGGAGCUGCAGAAAUGGCUAAAGAAGGAACCAGGGGCCUUUGACUGGUCCCCAGUGGUAACCUACGUGUGUGAGCUCGAAGGGAACAGAAUCAAGGAGCUGGAGAAGGAGGAGAAGUUGAGGCGUGUGGUCACACAGGUGCUCAAGUGCGACGUGACCCAGAGCCGGCCACUGGGCAGCGUCCCCCUGCCCCUAGCCGACUGCCUGCUCAGCACGCUGUGCCUGGAUGCCGCUUGCCCAGACCUCCCUGCCUACUGCACAGCCCUCCGGAACCUCAGCAGUCUGCUAAAGCCGGGGGGCUUCCUGGUGGUGGUGGAUGCCCUGAAGAGCAGCUACUACAUGAUCGGCGAGCAGAAGUUCUCCAGCCUCUGCCUGGGCCGGGAGGCAAUAGAAGCUGCCGUGAGAGAGGCUGGCUUCUCAGUUGAGCAGUUUGAGGUGAUCUCUCGAAGGUAUUCUUCCACCAUGUGCGACAACGAAGGGCUUUUCUCUCUGGUGGGGCGGAAGCUGAGCAAAUCUGUAUGACUCCCGUGAUUGAAAAUAAAGCAGUUAACUUCUUGGUU